AUGUUUGUAUUUCAGGUCACCGUCUGCACUAGGCUAAAUAAAUGGUUUAAAUAUGCCUCAGAAGAAAGAUAAAAAGAAAGGGAGGAAGAGAGACAGUGAUGACUGGUAUUAUUUUUAAUUAUAUUGACGAACAAUGCAAAACAUUGGAAAUACAAAUUUAGGUCGCAAAUAUUCUUGCCCCAAUUUUACUUGUCAUAGUAGUAAGUGAAUCUUUGAUGCAUGGUUAUAUAAUUUUGAAGUCUGCAAGUAGUGGAGAAAUGCAAGCAUUAGUAUAGGUAAUCAUGCGAUGGCGAGUACAAUUAGGGAUUAAUAGUACGAGUGAUGUUUGGAAAUUUUGCCAAAUUAAUCCCUAAUUGUACGAGCAACAUCGCAUGAUUACUUGUUUAUUAUUAACAUGACAAAAUUGGAUACGUACUUCUCAAUGUCAGCAUCAUAUUCUCUCGCCAAAGCCCAGUCCCGCCAGACUUUCAACCAAAAUUUGGUGUUUUUGUUUGUAUUUUCAUUUAGUUCUUUUGUUAAAGCAAAAUUUGGUGAUUUUGUUCGUAUUUUCAUCUAGUUCCUCCACGGCAAUUUCAUUUCACGCUUGAGUUUAAAAUACGUUUCCGCCAUUUUGUUUGUUUUGGGAAAAUCAUUAAUUGUACUGCAGUACAAUUAAUGAAAUAAUUGUACUCCUCUCAACUAGUCAGCAUCCAGUAAUUUUGUCAUGCUAAUAAUAAAGUAAGUAAGUAAGUGGGGUGUGCAAAUAUCCUUACUUGCAGCUGAGAGCUAAACUGAAUUACGAGGGAUGCAGCUCAACCUGAUCCAGUCGAAAACUUACAGUACCAAGGGUGGCUCUGGCAACCACCUUAUAAUGACUCAUGUCUGAUCACGGAGCACAGCUAGGGUGGAUUGGAAGGGUCAGUCAGGGGGAUAAUCCCAACCCACCCUGUCAACAUUCCCUGUGGGAGGAAACUGGAGUUCCUGGAGAACACCCACGACUUUCAGUAGAAUGUUGACUUGUCGAACUCUUUUCACACAACUGUCAUAAUAGUCGGAUGUGAGAGUCGAACCUACAAUCUCAGAGGUGAAAGGUACUUGCUGUGAUGAUUAUGCCUCCGAAGCCCCUGAUGAUUAUGAAGGGGCUUAAUAUGCCCAUUAAUAAGCCAAUACUUGUCUUGAAUGUGUAUAUUCGUUCCAGUAAUACUAAUGAAGUAGUAAUAUUUCCAGGGAAGAUGAAGUUGCAAAUGAAAUAGAACAAAUGAAAUUGAAAGAUGCCGAAGAUGAUACAGGUGACAAGGUACAUCACUCUGGCACUAUUCUGGUUCAGUGGCGUUAGCCAGCCUGCUGAUUUAUGAAAAGUAUACUGUGCUGUUAUAAGACAUGACAUUAAGUGCAGAGUACUACAUACAGACACUUCUCCGUUGCAAAACCAUUUCAAACGCUUUGCCUCGUUACACUGUAAUGCGAUCUCCCAUGAUAAAAUCUUCCUAUUUUGUUUGAAACAAACAUAAGAUGUUCCCGCAAUAUUUGGGAAAUUCUGCAUCUUGCCAGAAUCCAAAAAUUAUUAUGUUUUACAGUACCAAAUCACGCAGUGUUGUGUUUAAGUUGAGGCUUCGCUGUAUUGGUAGUUACGAAAUGCUAUGAUUUAAAAUUAGCAGUGCACGAGUACAUAUUAUCAGGAUUUUAAUAUUUAAGAGGCAGUUUUUUUCAUGUCGCGAAUUAAGCCGAAUUUGAAAUAAAAAUGUUCAAAACCGAAAAUCUUUUUGGCGUACAGUACCUCUCAAAAUUGCUUUGUUUUAGCUUUGUUCGCUAGUUUAUGCAGGUACAGUGUAGCUACUACCUUUUUAAAUGCAUUUGCCAGUUGAGAAACAUAAAAUAUCAAUUAUCAAUGAUGCUUUAAAACUGACGCUAUAUUUACAGCAAUAUAAGCAAAACUGACUGUAUUUCUACAAAAAAAACGAAAACCGACCAAAAAACCCGAAAAAAACGAAUGAACCGUUUUGUUUUUUUUUAAAUACGUUUGAAAAUCGAAACUGCGGUAAAAAAGACACAACACGCUACUCAUGCAGUAGUCACGCAAGAUAUUAAACGUAAGGUUUUUGAAGACGUUAUCAAAUUUCAAACAAAAUCUCUUUAGUUUCUCGUCUGUAAAUGCCAAAACUUGAUUCAUUUGCAAAAACUCGUAUAAGUAUGGUUAGAUUUUAGUAAAAUACAAAUUUUUCUUCGUUUUCCCCCGGGUUUUUUUUCGGGGUUUUUCCGGUUUUUCUCCAAAAGUAACAUCGAGUAUUUCGGUUUUCAAAAAACAUUCAGGAUUUUUUCGUUUUACCGAAAAACCGCCUCAUCCUAACUGACUGAACUUCAAACAUCAUUUUAUCUUUGGUGCUAAAAUCUCUUUAUUUUAACAUUAUUUUGCAGAUAAAGCACUAAACAUACUUUUUAAUUUUAAUUUCGAAAAAUAAAAAUUUUGAAUGUACUGUAGUCCUAAUCGCAUGCAAGUGGUAUAUUAUACUCGUUAGUUUUGAGCGCGUGAUACGCAACAUACAAAAAACUCCUCUUAAUACAACUUUCUCUAGAAUGAAGUUGGUAAUGAUAAUGAGAAAAGCAAGAAGAAGAAAAAAGGUAAAAAAGGAAAAGGAGUUGUUGCUUCAGAUGAAGAAGAUGAAGCAAACGACAAUGUUGGUUCAAAAUCCAGUUUUGGAUUGCUUGAUGUGGAGGACAUUGAUGAAGACGGUGGAGAAGUUGAACAACAAAAGAAAGAAAGAAAGACAAAGAAAGGAAAACCGGAAAAGAAAACGAACCAAGAAGACCAAGAUUUAGAAAAUGAACCAAGCAAUGAUAAUAAUGUUGUUAGUACUACUGAAAACAGUGGCAUUGUCGACACUGGGCAGGAAGUAAAGUUAAACUCUGAUGAUGAGGAGGAUGAACUUAAUUUCAAGAAAGAAAAAAGGAAGGGAAAGAAAAAUAAAGCAAAGAAUGAAGAAGACGAGGAGGGAGAGAAAGAAGAAGGAGAAUUAAAAGUAAAAACAGCAGCACAAAAACGAGCAGAAAAGAAAGAACGAGAGAAGAAAAAGAAAGAAGCUCAGAAAAAGAAAACAAAAGAAACAAAAACUGAAAGAGUAACAACAGAGAAAGUUGAGGACUCUGAAAAUUUAGAAGCAUCUCAUUUGAGUGAAAAUCAGAAAACUGUAGGUUAGUACUGUAGUUUAAUUUGAUUGAAAAAUAGAGUACAGAAACACUUGUCUGAUUAGCACAGAUUCUGUGUGUAAACAAAUUUUCUCAUCAAAAAUAUCGGUUGAAUAUCAUUAGUCUUACUUGAGUAUUUAUAAACUGUAAUUCUGUAAUGAAGAUACGGAGAAAACUUGGAAACGUUUAUCAGGGAUUUCUACAAGCAUUUUAAAACGUCUACUGCCUUUCUUUUUCGGAAGAGGAUUGAGUUUUAGCAAGGGAGCACUCUCUUAUUCCCAUCAAAAACCCCCACGCCUGAACGUUUUUUAUUUUGUCUCUAUGGGAUAACAUUUCCUGCAUUCAGGCAGCAAUUUUGAGGGGGGGGGGGACCGGAUUUUAAUGGCCUGUUGAAGAAUAUACAACGGUCAAGUACUUUCUUCCUAUUACAGUUAAUUAUUCGCAUUCGUCACAAUUUCUGCACUGUGACAAAUUUUGAGAUUGUUUUAAAUAACAGUCUUUGUUGAACAAAUGUUUAUUAGUCUUUUGUAACCAUGUUAAACAAAUUUUCGUGAAAGGUGUAUAUGCAAAGGGUUCAGGUAAUUCAUGUCGUACUUUUACCCUCUUGUUCACGUGUUAAUAAUAAACACUGGGUAAAAUACUUAUUGUUAGUUAUUUUUUAUAAGACACUCAGGAAAGUGAGAAACCUCAGAAAGUUGAGAAGACAGAGGAAGAAUCAGGCGAAGGAACAUCGGGAAUGAAAGAAAAUGAACAAGAGGAAGGAACAUCAGAAGUGAAAGAAAAUGAACAAGAAGAAGAAGGAGAUGAUAAAAAGAAAAAGAAGAAGAAGAAAAAGAAAGUAAAAGAAGAGGAAGCACCAAAGACAAAGAAGCCAGCCAGGGGGAUGAUCAAGCAGAUGCAAGAAGCUCUUGAGAAAGCCAAACAGGAACAAGAAAGAUUGAGGCAAGAAGAAGAAGCUAAAAAAAAGGAGCUUGAAGAAGCUGAAAAUCUUCGUCUGGAGAAGGUAUAUUAUUUUUUGCAACUUUUAGCAGUGUGUAUGAUUCAGAUGCAUGUGUAUGAUUAGGAUUUCUUUUCUCCGGCAAUUUACGCCCUUUCCUUUGUUCACUAACUUUUACGAGCCCGCAGGUAGUGAAUUAUACUUAACAUAGAAGCAAGCAAAUUAAACAAAGUUCCACCAUAUAUACAGAACUACUACAUAUAUAAAAAAUAGCAGAAACAGUUCAGGGUGGUAGCUACAGUCAAAAAUUCCACGUUAAACGCGGUUUUCCCAAUUACCUUGAGGUCGCAAUUUCCCAAUUUGGGUCAGCCAAAAAAUAGUUAUAGAAAUUCAAUGAUUUUUUUCACAUCGAGUCAUCGACAACUGAUAAUAGACCAGUACCGUAUAUGCCGUUGCCGUCAAUACGUUGUUAAUACGCCAUUAAAAACAUGUUUAUAACUACAUUUGCUCAAAAUUACUCCCAAAAUGCGGGAAAUGCCAUUUCAAAGACACAAAAAUUUUAAAAAUCGCGUGGCAAACCAAAUGCCCCCAGACCCACAAAGAAAUGCCCGGCUUCAGGCUAAAAUAAAUUUCCCAAUUUCAGGUAAACGCGGUUUUUUUUACUUCUGGCUAACACCCUGCAGUUUACCAAUAUGAUAACCAACGGUUGCCACUAUCUACUUCUGGACAGUACUCAAUGAAACUUGCCUAUGUAUAUGAAGUUCCAUUUGACUGUGUGUAUAUUCAUUCAUGUGCCUUUUAAUUGUUGGGCUGCAUUGGUUAAAGGAAUCAUGCCUAAAACCUCUAUAGGGUCUACAGUAUACGUUACGAAAAAAGUUGUUUAAUGUUUGUAUCACAAUUAAGGACUGAUUUAACGCUGAAUUGACACAUGUUUGUUGUUUUAGUUAAAGUAAUAAUUUUCCGAGCUAUUGAACCAAAGAUUUUCAACUUGUUACCUGAAAACAAUUCUGGCAUUUUGUUUAAUUGUAUGUUCAACUAUUGCCGCCACCAUGCAACAUAUUUAAAAAUUAAAAAUUGAAUUUCUAUAUCUGUUCUUUUCAGGAACAACAGGAAAAAGAGCGCAAAGAAAGACAGAGACAAAAAGAAAAGGUGAUUUAAGUUGAAUCAAGAGAAGCAUUUAUAUGUAAUGAAAAGAAUAUUGCAUGCGAAUUGGGCUUCUGAAUUGCCACCGUGAUUUUUAGUACAUGUGUAAUACUUGAGUCACUCCGGGAAGAACAGGGACCGCGGAGCCCGUUUAAGAGUGGGGAGGGGGCAGGAUAGCACGGGAUCUAUGCACGCUGGCAGGCUGGAUUUUAUCCGGUAAUUAUUCUUUAUCCACCGACAAAGUGUGUGUGUGGGGGGGGGGAGUGGCGUCCCCUCCUGCUCCGCGGUCCCUGAAGAAAUAUAAUAUCUUAAUAUAACAUAUUAAUCGAAUGACAUUUGACAGUAAAAAAGGUCAUCUAGAUGAACUGUCAAAUGACAUACGAUUUUAUAGCAGCAAAAAAAACAAAAGCAAACGAACUUCGGCUGAUUAUAUCUCGUAUCAGACAGCUUUGACAGUGAAACGUUGAUCAGGUUGUUUACUGUUUAGAUAUGUUAUAUUUGUUCUCGGAAUGACCCAAAUAUUACACAUACCAAAAAUUAUAUUCGCAGGGUUAGUGGCAGAAUGUUUCUCAUUUCAUCGCAGCGACGUAGUUCUAGUCUGUUGUUUCACUAGAAAAGUGUGAUUACGGUUGAAAAAAGUGUUUGUGGCAUGCGGAUGACCCGCUUUACAAAGUGCUGGUUUACACACAAAAUUUCUUUGAUCAAAUGUGUAUGUGACAGUGAUUCAGUAACUAAUAUAAUCGUAUUAUUUUAUCAGGAACGAAAGCAAAGAUUAAAACAAGAAGGGAAAUUUCUGACUCCAGCUCAGAAGCAGAAGAAAGCUCAAGCUGAGGCACAAUUACAGGCGAUGCGUGCACAAGGUGCGUAAUAGUUUGAUAUUGGACGUCUUUGCCUUGAGAGUUUGGCAAACUUGAUCAUAAUUAGAACUUUCAACGUAAGACUAUAUAUGUAACAACAUGUGGUUAAUAUAUUCUAAUUAUUAAUUAUUUCUAGGAAUUGAAAUUCCAAAUCGUAGUGGUUCUGAUGUAAAGAAGCCAGUUCGUUAUGGUUACAAAAAGAAACAAAAACAAUUUCAAGAUAAGAGUGAAGAUACAACUACAGAUGUUCAAUCUGAGCAAACAGGUAAAAUAACUUAAACUGGUUAUCAUAAUACUGGAGAAAACUGGGAUAUACCGAGCGAAGAGUUAACCCAACGGCUGGAAUCUAGCCUAGACAACCCCCAAACAUUGAAGGAAUCGGUCGGUAUAAAACGGUUAUCUGUACACAAAAACGUAGUUUGUUGAUAAACGGAUGAAAUUUAGUUAGCAAAUUGGUCUUAAACUGUCAUGUGUGCGUUUCAAUUCCGUUCAGCAUCCCGAAAGUACGCAGUUGAGUAGUAAACCAAACUUUCGGUACAGGACUCCUCUCGUUCUUGCUCUAUUCUUUCCCCAUCUUUCCCCUAGUGUACUUUCUGUCACUUGCCAUGAAUCUCCUUUCUUCAGCGUUAUUUCAAAUUCCACUUCGCCUGAAAAUCUCGUAUAUUUUAAGUAGAGAUGAAUGCGGAUGAGUCAGCACUCGACAUGUCUGGUGCAUGCAGUAAUUCAUGCCAAAUGGUUUUAGAUUAAAACAAGAAAUUAUAAUGAUCGAAUGAAUAUAUAAUAAUCUUUAAUGAGGAAAGCUUUGUCACAUAUGACGUGAUUUUCACAAAGGUCCUACACAUAGGGAACAUUAUAUAUACAAAUAAUCAUGCAAUUAUAAAAAUCUAAAACUAGUUAAAAGUCAAAAGUCUAAAACUGUAAGUCACGAUGUUCUAAGCAGGCUUUAGGUUAAAAGUUUAGAAAAAAGAUUUCUCUUAAAAGACACUAGUGUUGGAGCAUUCCUUGUAUCACUGUCUAAAUCAUUCCAGUCUUUGAUUGAUUGAUUGAUAGUUAGUGCGUUGUUUCCCCCAAUGAAAGCAACAUAUUGUGAUUAUUGCAGAAUGUUUCGGAUUGAUAGGGACGCAACUAUACCAGGCAACUACCAUGCAGGUAGUCCUAUAUCAAUCCGAAACUUUCUUAUUAUUGGCACUACCUGCACUGGCACAGACCAUGCAAGAUUAUAUUGUGACUAUCUAUACUGUUUGCAGACUCAGUGAUCUCCCGUUCAUGAAAAGUAUAAUUAAAGGCGGUUUUCCAGUCCUCGCACAAAUGAACUGUUUAGCAUUGUGGUUGGAUGAAAGUUCUCAUGCAUCACUCGCAGCGAGCUGCGAGGAGCUUCGUGCGAGGACUGGAAAUCCGCCUUAAUGCACUUAUGGUAAUAGAAAUGUGAAGUAAAGAAAAAACUACAUCUACAUUUAAAAAGUAAUGACAUGAGCCGAUAAAACCGCGCUAUCAAAUGACUAUUUAUAUUUUAAAAGCUCGUGUAUGUAUACCGUAUAUUUUAGAAGACAUUGCAACAGAGGCAAAAGAUGAGAACAAAGAAACAGCAGAAAACAUUGAAGAUAAGGUAAAGAUAAUUUAUUUGUUAUAUAUUGUUGUGUGUGACUGUGCUAUCGAGCUUCGCUUGUUCGCCCUUUGGUGGUAAACUUCCCUGCGUUUCAGGCCGUGUAUUUCCUGUGAUUAUUAUUAUCUUAAAACAAACAUGUUGCCAGUGGCUAAUGUCAAUGUUAGUGCAAGUUUACAACAACAGGAAAGGCCGGAAGCUCAGUUGUUAAACAGUCCUGUAGGAUCAGAAACGGUAAUAACGGUAUGGUAUGGUUAUGGUAUUAGUAUGGACGAUUGCUAUGGUAUACUAUAGUAUAGUAUGCUGUGGUUUGGUAGGUAUGGUAUGAUAUGGUAUGGUAUGGUAUGGUAUGGUAUGGUAUGGUAUGGUAUGGUAUGGUAGGAGAAGAUAUUUGCUGUGUUGGUGCUCAGUUGGCAGAGCAUUGGGCUAGUAUUCCAAAGGUCGUAGGUUCGAUUCCCACCAUGGCCAGGCAUAUUUUUCAAGCCUGCCUGGUGCGGAUAUACACUCAGAGUAACAUCACACAAGCAUGAGAAGAUAUGUACUACAUAUUAUUACUAUACGUUACGAAUGAAAUAGGGCGGUACCAUUUAAUGGUAAGGCGAAGUGUUUUAAAAAUCUGCCAAAAUAGACCUCCUAGUGUAAUUAUUUACAAAAUUUUCGGUCAGACCAGUACCAACCUUACAAAUGUUGUAUUUCAUUUAACAAUUUGACAGUCUUGACCGUGUCAGAGGAAUGCGCACUGUGACAUGUCAUAAUUCCAUUGGUACAUUAUCUUAUGUUUCAGGCUGUGGCGGGCGAUGAAGAAGGUGAUGUAAAAGAUACUUGGGAGGAUCAAGAAGAGAGCGAUGGAGGUGAUUCAUUGUUUUAUUAGGGACCGAUCAUUAUUUAAGGCGGGGGCACCGAAGAGAAAAGGGUUGGGUAAACUAAAUUUUGAGUAAGUAAAAGGUUGGGUAAAUAAAAAACAAAACAACUCAAGGGUUGGGUAAUAAAAAAUUAUUCUCAUUUCCAAAGCAUGACUCACUUAAAUAUUGGAGACUGAAAAGCAAUGUCAACAGUCGACUUAUGUCAAUACAAUAUGUGAAUCAAUCAGAGUCACUUUCUUGAUCAUUUUCCGAUUUGUUGGGAGACAAAUGGUGUCUCCAAAGAAAGUACAUGUGCAGACAACAUGAAACUUUAGACUGCAGAAAAUUGCACAAUCCGUUAUCAAACUCGUGUCACAGAAAUGGUAAAGGACAUGUGUGACAACUGAAUGGUAUCCUUUUGUAAAGGUUUUGGCCAGGGGUUGGUAUUUAUUUUUUAAUUGAUAUCUGAGGUUGGGUAAUCAAAUUUUUGACUUUUUAAUGGUUGGGUGAGUAAAAUUUUUGCCAGGAAAAACAUUUCUCUUCGGUGCCAUCCCACCAUAAAUAAUGACCGGUCCUUUACAGUACAAUACCCAUAUAGAGAUGUUUUAUACAUCCAUGUAGAUGUACUUUAAGUGGCUCGAGUAAGCAGGCAAGUGAAGUUACGUCAGUAUGGCUUGCAUGCAGUGGAAAAAAACUAAAAUCAUAAUAGAUGGUAUACCAUACAAUUAUAAUACUGUUAAGUACAGCAAAAAGCUUAGUUGUUGAUCUUUUGUUACAGAUAAUGCAACAACUGAAACAAAACAGGUUUGUUUUUAUGUAAUCUUUUGGUAAACAUAAACGAAGUAAGAUUGAUAACUUGAUCACCAAUAAAAGGUUCAGAGGUAUUAUGAUUUCUUGAAUGACACGAACAUUUUGGAAAAAAUAUAAUUUCUGAUUUUAUUAGGAAGCUAGAGCUGAAGAGGUUGGCGAAGAUGAAGAGGAGGAAACAAGUGGAGAUGAAAGUGGAGAAGAAAGUGAAUCUGAUGAAGAAACAGAAAGUGAAACUGACGAUGAAUCAGAAGAAGAUGAAUCAUUGUCUAAAGAGGAAAGAGAAUUUCUGCGAGCUGAAGCCAGAAUAAAGGUAUUACAUGUAAUUUACUUGCAUAUUUGCUUGCAUAUUGCACCUCGGCAAUUUUCUCUUCCUGGCGGAUGUGAUUGGAUGAGUGUCACGCGAAAGACUUAGAAAUAUCAGGGAAGUAUAUUCUUCCGAAAAGGGAUUUUAUAAACUUUUGUGCGAGUUCACUUAUUCACAUCCGUCAGGAGGAGAAAGUCCCCGACAAAAUCAGUUGAAAAUCUCUAAUGUGAACCAGGCUUUAUUUUUGCAAAUCGGUAAGCCCAUACAGGUGUUUAUCAUAGAGCUAAUGCUAUAGGAAAACUUUAAUUUUCUCAGAAACGAAGAGAAAAAGCUGAGGCAGGGCGAUCAAAAGAGAAAUUACGAUCACCUGUGAUAUGUGUCAUGGGUCAUGUGGAUACUGGAAAAACUAAAAUAUUAGAUAAGGUUAGUUCCAAUCAACUUUUUAAUGAUGUGUGUAGCAAUACACUAUAUAUAUACGUACUAUAAGUAUGUCACGUGCACGGUCUUGUGUGUGGUGGAGAACAGCCCAGCCAGAGUACCCCCCUCAAUUCGUUUGGGUCGGACUCCACCAUUCCGGUCUCGGCCAGACCACGCUGACCAACGUUUAUUCCCAUUGCUUAUUCUAGCGGAGAAAAAAGUAGAGCAUUAUGAAAUACUAUAGGUUAAUACACUGAAUAUACUGAAUACUGUAUCUAAACUGUUAGACUGUGUAUACUUUUAACGUGGACGUUGUGGCUUGAUGUUUAGAUUCGUCACUCCCAUGUUCAAGAUGGCGAAGCGGGAGGUAUUACGCAACAGAUUGGAGCAACUAACGUCCCCAGUGAUGCUAUUCGACAACAAACAAAAAUGAUUAAAGACGUAUGUAUAAAAUAAUUUUAAACAGACUCUACAAAAUGUACUGUAGCGAUUAAUAGAGUGGUUCAAAUUUAACUUCCACCACCUCUUCACUGACUUGGGACGCAUCUGAUUGGUUAAUCGGAUAUAUCAAACGCAUCUGAUUGGUUAAUCGAAUAUAUCAAACGCAUCUGAUUGGUUAAUCGAAUAUACCAAACGCAUCUGAUUGGUUAGUGAUCGCUUAAUAGGAGUGGUAGCGGAAGUCAAAUCUGAACCUUUCUAAUACAUUCUCGAUUACGACAUGGUUUGUGGCAUUUGAUAAACAUGAUAAAUAUAAAUCCACCGUUUCAAAGCUCCAUAAUGGUAGUAUACUGUAUUUUGCUCUUCCGCGCGUAUCAAAUAACAAGAGUAAGGACUAAGAGUAAGGACUGAGGGCUACAAGUUUAUUAGUGCUUUUGUACUAUUACGUACUACCCUCUUGAAAUAAAGACUCUAACUAACUAACUAACUUUCUAAAAUAACUCGAAGAGCACUAUUGUUUACUAUAGCGAAAAGGACAAACACGUUGUUGACUCAUUAUAAUCAAUGGAAAGGUUCGGUUUUACAGGAUGCUCCAGUUACUGUUCGGAGUACUCCGGAUUUUCGGAACACUAAAUAGAAUCGAACCGAGCACGGUCACAUGACUGUUCUGGCUUACUCAAAAGAAGGAGCAGCCAGAACAGUCAUGUGACUGUUUUCAGUCCGAUCCCAAAAAUCCGGAGUAUUCCGAACAGUAAAUGGAGCCGCCUGCUGACUUCCGCCAUACAAUUAAUGAAUUCUUAAUCAAUCAAAUGCAUUUGAUAUUUAACAAAUAUAAAACAUUUUCCGUGUUGAUAUACAGUUAUGUCAACACGAGUGGAAAUUGGGAAAACGAGAAAUUGUGUGGAAACACGACGCCCGAAGGGCGGAGUGUUUUCACACAAUUUCGAGUUUUCCCAACUUCCACGAGUGUUCACAUAACUAUAUAUCAGUACGGAAAAAAUGUUUUAUAUUUGUUUUAUAACAUAGCAAUGUCAAAAGCCCGAAGAAUAAGAACAAUUUCCGUGUUACAAGCGGCGGAAAAUUUCCCAUGUUGACAUGGAGUUAUAUCAACACGGCUCUUAGCCAAUCAGCGUUCAGAAUUUACAAAUGCUAUAUUAUAAAUAUAUAUAUAUCUGUUUAACCAAUCAGAUGCGAACUAGUGAGAGGUCGCGGUAGCUAUAUAGUGGAAGUCAAAUCUGAACCUCUCUAAUGAAAAGUUGAUGGACUAAUAAUCAACCUUUUUAACAGAUUCUAUCUUAAAGGUUCUCUCUUUUGCACCCGAACAUGUGCAACAAGGGCUAAAUUCAAGGUCUAUGUAUUAUUGCUUGAGGACACUAUUUCCUAAAUUUUCUAUUUAUUUAUUUUAAAAUUUAUAUAGUUUGUUGACUACGACAUGAAAAUUCCCGCCUUGCUCAUCAUUGACACACCUGGUCAUGAAUCUUUCAGGUUUGUUGAUUUGAUUCUAAAUGCAUUUUUUAUUAUCAUCUUCAAGGCGAAUGUAACACCCUUAGAGCAUGCAACAAUUAAUGAUCAACAUACGAACCAAUGGGCGCUUUUCUUAGUCAUAAUACAGUAUUUACUGUAUUAAUUGGAUAACCCAGGAAGUACCGUACCCCAUUAUUUUUGUAUUUAUUAUAUUUUCUAAGUACUAUUUAAAGCACGCGUAGGAGUGUUUUAUCAGAUAUAAAACACGAGGCGCAGCCGAGCGUUUUAUAUCUGAUAAAACACGACUACAAGUGUUUUGAAUAGCUUCAAACACAACUACAGAUGCCGUCUCAUUAGUAUUCUUUAUAUAAAGAAUACGAAUUAGGAUGGACUUUUAUAAAAAGAAUACUAAUGAAGAUGAGUUCUAUCAGGUAUAAAGUCAAUUCACGUGACAUAUAUUAUGAUUGACAUGAUUUGCCAAUAAGCUUAUGAAUUAUUAAUGAGUGUUUGAAGUCAGUUUAAAUUAACUUAUAAAGUUAAAUGUUAAAUCUGUUCAAACCACAUGUUACAGUAAGUCUGUCCGAACCACCCAUAUAUUUACAAUUUUGAGGGAAAACCGAUCCCUUUUCCAACCUCACCACGACGAUGCUGCUAUAUAUAGUUCUUGUUAAAAUAUUUUGUUUUAGCAACUUACGAUCACGUGGCUCAACGUUAUGUGAUAUGGCUAUUCUUGUUGUUGACAUCAUGCAUGGCUUAGAACCACAGACAAUUGAGUCUAUAAAUUUACUGAGGAAUAAGAAAACGCCUUUUGUCGUCGCCUUAAAUAAGGUAUUUCACAUUAUAUGUAGAACAUUUUACAACAUGAAUUACAUAUACAGUACAGCUUAUUUGCUUAUUUUUAACGAUAAUUCUUCAGUACACUAAAGUUUUGCAGAACUUAGAGUUUUCCUGAUGGUCGGGCAUGCAGAUUGCAAAUAGAACGUGAUUGUAUUCAAUGAACUGUCAAAAGCCACACGCUAAAUAAUCACGACUACUAACAAUCAACAUUGAAAAAAAUAUAUAACAAGGGACGUUAAGAAUUUUUGUCACAUUAACGAUAAUGUGCAUCUAAUAUAUGGUUCUGAGUCUUCCGACGUUGCUUAUAAUGUGUAUUGGUUUAUCCUUUCUUUGUAUAUGAGCAAAGUUGUAUGUGAUGUUGUCAGACACCGGCGAUAUAACUAAUUUCAUGUGUAAAUUUUAUAUUGAUUGGACCUAACCAGGAGCAGUUGCGAAAAAUGCAACUAAGGCAUUCUGGAGGGCUGCACCAGAAUGGCCAGGUUCGAUUCCUACUAGAGGGCCAGGUGCGAUUCCUACUAGAGGGCCAGGUGCGAUUCCUACUAGAGGGCCAGGUGUGAUUCCUACUAGAGGGCCAGGUGCGAUUCCUACUAGAGGGCCAGGUGCGAUUCCUACUAGAGGGCCAGGUGCGAUUCCUACUAGAGGGCCAGGUGCGAUUCCUACUAGAGGGCCAGGUGCGAUUCCUACUAGAGGGCCAGGUGCGAUUCCUACUAGAGGACCAGGUGCGAUUCCUGCUAGAGGGCCAGGUGCGAUUCCUGCUAGAGGGCCAGGUUCGAUUCCUACUAGAGGGCCAGGUGCGAUUCCUACUAGAGGGCCAGGUGCGAUUCCUACUAGAGGGCCAGGUGCGAUUCCUCCAAUCCACUAGAGGUUUCUCAGAAACGUUAUGCCCUGUGACGUAGCCAGCGACUAUAGUUUUCGCCUGAGAUUUGUAGUGACUUUUCCGACACACAAUGGAAAAUCGAGCUGAUGCCAUAGUCACACUUGAUAGAGAACUGAAGCUCAUUAAUUAUGCGAAAUAUUACUUCCGCUCGCUCGAAGCUGAGCGAUAAAAUAUAGGGGGGGGGGGGCGUCUUUGGUGGGAUCGUUGAAAGAAGACGAUAUGCUGAUAAUUGGAGCGCACAUUGUACAGAUUACACCAAAACAUCGUGGAACACUACACAAUAUCACUGCCAACUGAGAUCAUUCUGCCGCAACUGUAACCCUUGAGAACUUUCUGACGUUUGAUAGUUACGUCAACCAUUCACCUUUACCUUUACGGCUAUGCAAUAUUCACGAUUGUAGACAAUACAAGACACACAUAAACAUAUCUAUAGCCUACAGGCAGCCCAGCGACCUGAUCCAUAGAGGAUCUUGUUAACUUUUCGAUGUUUUAGGUUGAUCGUUUAUAUGAGUGGAAACGAGGUCCAAACUCUAGUAUUGUCGAUACAUUAAAGAAACAGGGGAGGAGUACCAAACAAGAGUUUGAAGAAAGAAUGAAUAAAAUUAUUGGAGAAUUUGCAGAAGAGGUUAGAAUUUGCUUCCAGAGUUUUAUUUCUUUUUAAAACAUACCCAACCUCGUACCCAGGCUCUUUUCAAGCGUCAGGAAAGUUGCAAACAACUGAUCAGUACGCAUUCUCAUCCCCAGAGCCAUUUUCACUCUGUCACUCGCUGAAAAUUAGGUUCUGGUUUAGACAACAAAAUGGAGAGAUCUGAUUGAACUUCUCAGAGAACUGCUAUUUCGCAGUUGAGUAUUUUUCGCUAGGGAAACUUUUUCUAUCAAAACAUGUCAACACAAAUACUUCGUUGGUGCUAAAGCGUCCCAAUUCAAGAGUACGCGCUUUAGAAACUACUGCAAGUUUUCUUGCACUUCCGGUUCCGUGUAUUCCAGGGUCUAUGAAGGAACGAGGAUGAUCAGUACGCACGGCAGAUUACAAGUUUUUUUUCCCGCCAUUCAGAGAUCGCUAUUUUUGUGAUCCAACCAGAAGCCGGAGCUCAAAACUCUGACCCCAGUUCAAACCAUCAUGCGAUCAAUCAAAUCUCAUUUACUUUCUAUUUCCAGGGAUUAAACGCGAUAUUAUUUAAUAAAAAUGUUGAUACCAAGACUUACAUAUCUCUGGUUCCUACAUCAGCUCACACUGGGGACGGUAUGGGUGAUCUGAUAGCAUUAAUUGUAAAACUUUGUCAAACUAAACUGGCACAAAGAUUGUCAUAUUCAGAAGAACUACAGUGCACAGUACUUGAGGUUUGUCUGAACUGCAGUUUGCAUAAUAUCUGCAAUGAAAUGAAAUCAUAUAUACAUAUUUCUUAGACAACGUUCACACUAUACGCCGAAUUGUUUGAAAACGUCACUUUUGUCGUAACAAGUUGAACAGGGUUUCUCAACUGAGCGGGAUGAAAAUGGAGCAGUUGGCAACUUCGCGUGAACAGCGGCAUCGUCUUUAUAUUGUUCCACUUUAGCAUUUUUUUAUUAUUUUUUACUUUAGCAUUUUUUUAUUAUCUUUUUGUUAUUUUUUAUUUUUACAUUUUUGCACCAUUUGAGCUCGUUUUGCGAAUCCUUAUAUCGAAAUUGUAACGGUGUGCAGUGUGAACAUUAUUUCGCUCCAGCGUAGUGCGAACUUAAGCCUGGUUCACACGAUGAAAUAAGCAUAAGCACAAGCAGCGGAACCUUUGAUGUGCAUAAACGUAAGCAUAAGAAGAACGCAACAUUUAUUUGUUCUUCUUAUGUUUACAUCAAAGGUUCCGCAUGCUUAUGCUUAUACUUAUGCUUAUGCUUAUGCUUAUUUCAUCGUGUGAACCAGGCUUAGUCUUGAAAUAAGAACUCCAUUUUCUUGUAGGUGAAAGCUAUAACCGGCUUAGGAACAACGAUUGAUGUAAUUUUGACCAAUGGUCGUUUAGCAGAAUCUCAAACAAUUGUAUUAGGAGGUAUACAUGGUCCUAUAAUCACCCAGAUACGAGCUCUACUCAUGCCGCAACCGCUAAAGGAACUACGAGUAAAGAAUCAAUACAAAGAAUUUAAAGAAAUUGAAGCCGCCCAAGGUGUGAAAAUAACAGGAAAGGAAUUGGAUAAAGCACUUGCAGGAUCACCAUUGUUUGUUGCUUAUGAAGAAGAUGAAAUUGAAGUACUUAAGGUAUAUGCAAUAUUUACUUUACUUUACUUUACUUUAAAAGUGGCACUGUGAUUUUAGCAUCCGUCAAUUAUGCAAAUCAGUUUCGAAUCAUCAACAUAAACCCUGAUCAGAAAUCCUGCAAAUCUUGUCACUUUACCGCACCAUCCCGCGCGCGAGGACGCGAUUCGUGCGACAUUUUUAAAGGGAAAUGGCAAUAUAUUUUUUUAUUUUCUCAUUUGAAAGAACUUCUAAGGCUAUAUAUAUAAUACUCGUUUCGGUAAAAUCGGUAAAAGAAGUUAAUAUAUAGUUUCAAAAGUUCUUUCAAAUGAGAAAAUAAAAAUUUAUAUUGCCCUCUCCCUUUAAAAUGUGCAAUUUGUUAAAUGGAAAAUCUCGCGUGGAAAUAGCAAACCUCGCGUGAUGGUGUGGUAAAAUGCCACGAUUUUAGAGUGCCGAAGGCAACUAAUCAGUAUAUUUUAAUGUGUUUUUUUUUUUCAGAGAGACGUGAACGGAAUUGUCCAACAGACGUUGAAAUCAAUCAAAGUUGCUGAAAAAGGUGUUUGUGUACAAGCCUCGACACUCGGUUCUCUUGAGGCUCUCUUGGAGUUCUUGAAAACGUCGAAAAUACCGGUAUGUACAUUUGUUUACACUUUUGUUUUGACCAAAUCCAUCGAUCUGAUUGACUUAUUUAUUUGUCACCUGAUGCUUUUAUAUUCACUAGUAUAUAAGCACAUGUGUUGAGAACAUUCGUAUUCUUCAACAAUUUAACAGAAAUGAAUGAUAUUUGGUGAGAAAAUUGAACUUAAAGUUUAUGUAAAUCAGCAUGAUUUUAGAUAGGUAAUAGCAUGCUUUCGAGUGCAAGUUGGAUAUAACAUGCACGAGUGAGUUUUUCAAAAUAGCACGAGUCCGAAGGACGAGUGCUAUUUGAGGUCUUUGAAAAACUCGCGAGUGCAUGUUUAUCCAAAUUUCACGAGAAACCAUGCUAUUACUUAUUAAUAAUUUACAUAAAAAUGUUCGAGACAAUUGUAGUUUCAGUAACUUACGCGUUUAUAGCGAACAUUCCACCGGCAAAGUUUUCCUGGCUUUGUUAUAUCACAUUAUACAACGCUAACAGCUUGAAAAUUCCACUCAACUAUGUAAUUUUUGUUAGUCUUGUUUAAGGUAAAUGCUUUUCCAUUUAAAAAUAAAGAUAAAAGCCAUAUUUUCCACGCAAAGGCAACUUUUAUUUUGUGUAGCGACUAGCGCGGCGCCAUGUUCGUUUUGUUUUGAAGCAAUCUGUGACCGUUACUUCUUUAAAUUAAAUUGCUUUAAACUGAUUGGUUGAUUUAAUCAUCACAAUGUUUUUCCACCAAUCAGAUCAGUUUGUUACAGAUUUUUGCACUGUGAUUACAAAAAAAUGCACUGUGAUUACAGAAAAUUGCACUGUGAUCAAAGAAAAUUGCGCUGUUGUUUGGGAUUAACUGCACUGAAAUCAACCAAUCACAGUCGAGUAAUAUCUUUAUGUAUAUUAUUAUAUUAGAUAUACAAACUCCUUGUCUCCUUCACGUUCAUGAUUUCUUUUGUGUUUUCAUCGUGAAUUAGUAAUCGAAAUUUCACAAGUAUACCGGGUGUUCGAUUUAAUAAUAUAGCAAAAAAAGGUAGAACAGCUAUCACGAUCAAAUAAAAUUUAUCGUAUCCAGAAAUGGCUAACAUAAAUUUUGAUAUGUUACAGCAAGAUUUUUAUGCAAUAUUAACGUAUAUAUCAAUGUUUUAAUCGAACAAGCAUUUUUGAAAAAUUUGCAUAAAACCUAUUAAACUAAUUUCAGUACAGUUGCCAUUCGUUCGUGAUUAUUAGAUAUUUCAUUGAAGCCGACUUAAUUUUCAAAUUGUUUCCCAUUAAAUUUACAAUUUUGCAACCUCGCAAGCCAGAAUCUUUACAAUUUUGUUGACAUUUCUUAACUUUGGGAUUAAAGCACAUACAAAUGACAAUCGCCUAUAUUAAGAAACAUAAGACAACGCGCGUCGUGAAACCUUCGCAUUAACAAACUAUCGAAAACAAAACUCUUUGGUGACAUGCAGAAUGUUUCUUGCCAGGCAAUGUACUUUAUGACAAGCUUUUCAGUUGAUGAAAUAUUGAAACAAAUACGCUGUAUUUGCAUGACCACAACUAAAGCAAUAUGGCAAGUUAACCUUAUCCAUAUGCAAAUACCAUAUAGAUAUCUUAUAUACACUAGAUAGUGCAUCUAAUUAUUCUGCAAUUCAAAAAUUGAAGCCGUGAUUGCAGACUCAGGAUAUUCCCAUGAAAUGAGAAGUUCGUAUGUUUUCUAUUUCUUAAACAGGGAACUUAAACAUUAAGUCAAACCUAUUCCGAAUACAUUUUUAAACUAUUCAAAUGAUGAAAUUAGUUAUUGUUGUUUUUAAGCGUUUAUUAGCGAGUGGGAACUACCAACAUGGCCGCCAUCUAUUCAAAUGGGGGUAACCGCUGGAAUAUUCUUAGCUUCAAUUUUACUAAAAGAGAUGCGCUAUCUAGUGUAUAUAAGAUAUCUAUGGCAGAUACAAACUUAAAUUAAUAGGUCAUUUUAUGCAAAUUUUUAGCAUUGUCAAAAAUGCUUGUUGGACUUAAAAUCGUAUUUGUUUACAUAAUAAAUCAUGUUCAUUUUCAUUUUCAUACUCGGCUUGGACAACGUUUAUUUUUUGGCCAAUGAACUCAUUUAAAACACUCGCAGUUUGUGCUUUAUCAAAGCACUCCUGAUUGUGUUUUAAAUAGUACCUAUAUAUACAGUGUAUAGUCUGUAUCAGGGUUUAUGUACGGUAUGGGAGAUACGAAUUUUUGCAAGAUAGUGUAUAUACUGUAUAUGACAUGUAUAUAUAAUUAUUUUUAGUAUUGUAGUGUGAGUGUUGGUCCCGUUCAUAAGAAAGAUGUUAUGAAAGCUUCAGUGAUGUUGGAGCAUGACAACCAGUAAGUAUAUUAUGUCAACGUUUGUUACAUAUUAACAAAUAAUCUAAAUAUUUAUAAUCUGGAAUAUCGAAUACUUCAAAAAGAUUCGAACAUUACGGCUGCAAACUUAAUACUUUGUUUGAAAUUUGCGCGCUUUUUAAGGUGGUUUCUUGCUGAGGGAGUUUAAAUUAAGGUUCAAAAUUAACGAUUUAGCUUUAACAUUUUCAAGAUACCGCCCACCUAGGGGGUCGUAGAGCGGCUCUCGGAUGACAUUUUGAAAUUUGGACUUCUGGCAUUUCCAGCCAUUUUGGAGAGUUGUUUUGGAGAUUUCGUCAUAUUAUUCAAAACAUUUAACGAAGGAAAGAAGGAAAUAACCUGGAGAAACAACCGGGGAAAUUUGCCGGGUUCCAGCUUCAUUGGGAAUCCUGCGAGUGAGCGCAGGAAACGAGUGUGUUUAGCAAUCCUUCACAACGAGUAAAGAAUAAAAGUCGGGACCUUUAGCAUGUAGAACGGCAACACGAUGACGACGAUCAAAACUUUCUUUUAUACAACUCAGAGGUGUGGGGUGCUUAUAUCAGAAAUCACUUCAACAAUUUGGGAUAACUCUCCGACUGAAAAAACACACUUGAGAUUUUGCAAACUAUACCUUGGCGUUGGGAGGAAAACAACAAAUAUUGCUUGCAGAGGUGAACUAGGAAAGUUUCCACUGAUAAUCAAUAUAUAUAGGCGACAUUCAAAUACAUUACUCAUCUAAACUCACUACCUGAAGAAACAAUUGGCAAACAAGCUUUCCUUAUCUCAAAAGAUUUAUACUCCAAAAGAAUUUACCUCGUUUUACGGAAAUAUUAUGGCUAUUCUAAAAUCCUAUAAAUGCAACACACCAAUAACAGACCUGGAAUCAAUCACAAUUCAAACACUAAGCUUUAUCGAUGACAAUUACAUAAAGCAAAAAUAUAUUACUUUUUGGAAACACAAACUCGAAAAUUCCUCCAAACCAAAGUUUUACAAUACAUUCAAAACAGACUAGAAAAAUAUUUUUUAACAAUAAAUAAUCCACCCGACUAGGAAAAUACUCACAAGAUUUCGAGUGAGCAACCACAAUUUAAUGAUAGAGUUUGGUCGCUUAAAAAAAAACACCAAGGGAAGAACGACUCGUGUGUAAAAUCUGCCAGUCAGGGGAAGUGGAAGAUGAACACUACUUUGCCAAUUCGUGUGAAGCCUACAUCAACCAAAAAGAAACUUUUACACCUGUAACCACUCUUAGAAACAAAUUCACCACUGUCACAGAACAGUGUCACAGACAUAAUUAGUAGAUAUGAUGAAAUCUUAUUAUUCGAAAUAUAUUUCCUCCUGUUUUAUGGAAAGAAAUAGAUACCUUGAAAUUGGGAUGGCUGUCACCUAAUUAAAGUACUAUUUCUCUAAUCUGAGAAAGUUGAAUGAAAACUUUUCCUAUAUCUUGUAUAAAUAGAUCUUCUUAUUUGUUAUUUGGAUUGACUAUAGUUUCUGUAAUGUAUGUAGUUCUUACCACUUGUAGAAACGGUCUUAAGCCGAUUUUCCACUAGGCGGAAUUUUGCACGCAAGAGCGGAAUUUUUCUUUGUCUUGUGAUUUCUCGGGUGGAACUAAUUAGAAAAGACUAAGAAAAAUUCCGCUCCGCGCGCAAAAUUCCGCCUAAUAGAAAACCGGCUUUAAGGGGAAUAACCAAAUGGAAAAAAAUGAGAACAUAAUGUCCGGAAAAGUUUCCCUCCCUCUCCCCAGUUGGAGGCGGCAGUGUGCUUGCGAAAAGAACUCCUCGUUCAAAUGUAUAUUGUGUAUGUAAUUAUGUGAUUUUCCUUUCAGGUUUGCCGUGAUUCUUGCAUUUGACGUGAAAGUUGAACGUGAUGGUCAGGAGCUUGCUGAUAGUCUUGGUGUGAAAAUAUUCACAGCUGACAUUAUUUAUCAUCUUUUUGAUAAGUUUAUGAAUUAUAGAGAGGUAUGUUUUAUUUCUUCGUGACUUGAUCCACGGGAAGAGGGAGAUAAUGAUUAGUGCGAAGUUAACCAAUCACAAUCGCGUAUUUUAAGUUAGGUACUAUUUAACUGUAAAUCAUGCAGAAGGCCCAUCUACACCAUACGACUAGUCGUCCUGCCGUAUGUACUCGAACAAAAACAUGUAAAGAUGUCACAUUUCUUAUAUAUCUAAAAUGAUACAACUGACCGCCGUCGCCUUACCCCUGUUCCCCUUAAUCGUCACCUGACAUAUCUUCUCCAAAACUAAGUAUUUCCUUCUCCUCUGUUUUCUCAACCCCGUUUCGACUUCCUUCCCGUUCCUAUUCCGAUAUGUUAUCACUAUUCAGCGCUAUCCUCUUCACUUCUUCUAUUUGUACUGAUAUCCACCUUUCUGUUUUAUAUGCUUCACUUGAUCUGCUAGUCUCUGUUCUAAUACUCUAGACAUGCCUUAAAUAUUACAAAUUUCUGACAUUCUCUUCUACAGCCUCUUAUUUCUGACUGGCAGCCAUUCUUAUAAAAAUAUUCAUAAACAACUCUUCCAAGCUCCAUACCUUCCUCUGUCUAGGUAUUUCUUCCCAGAAUUUCUAGAUUUUUUUUAUCCUAUGAUUUUCCAGCUUUGGUGAUUGGGAAACAAUAUUUUAGAACAAGUUGAAGAAUAUCCAAAGCUUGGCAUAAAUAUUCCUUUUACUGUUUCAAGACAAACACUUUGCAGGAACGGGCAAGGUUCAAGUAUUCAUGUAACCUGAGUAUCAGGCUCUAUUUUACAAAUAGAGCCUGACACAAAACUUAACCUGAUCGCUUUCCACCCACAGCAAAGUUUAUAUUUAGUAUCCAAUCAAAAUGUCGCAGGAGAAAUUUAAAUUUCACACAACGUCAACAUUACAACAAUCUAAUUUUAGCAUAGGCGGCCGACUAAACGGCUGAAUUUAAAUUAAAACUGCAAUGAACUUAUAAAAUUAACAAAAAUAAUCACAAAUUAGCGAAAUAUAUUGCAAAUGUAGCUUAUAUUAAAUUCGUAUUUAAGUUUCAGUGACUACAAUGAGCUUUACAUGGCGCUUAUACCGUAUUUAUCAACAAACUGACGUAUAAUUAUAAAGUAUGUAUACUUUAUAACUAUACGUGAGUUAGUCGAUAGUGCAACCUGAUGGCGAUUUAAUAUAUUAAGCUACAUUUGCAAUAUAUUUCGCUAAUUUGCGAUUAUUUUCUAAUUUUACUGCAGUUUUAAUUUAAAUUCAGCCGUUUAGUGGGCCGGCUAUAAUUGUAGUUGUGAUCGUUAUAAAAUAUAUCAACAACAAUAGUAUAAUCUAAUUAGCACCAGCCAAUCAAAUGACAGAUUUAAAAAAUCGUUUGUCUAAUCGGCCAAUCAGACGAAAAAGCCAGAAUCUGGCUUUUUACAUGCGCCGCGGUAAAGAAUUGUAUCAGGCCCUCCUUCAUUCGCCGCCGCCAAUUAAUCCUGGCGAAUGAAGACAUAAGGGCCUGAUACUCAGGUUAGUAUUCAUGCAUUUCAUGGCGUCUAUUUUAAUUUUGAUAGGAAUUAAAACAGAAGAGACGUGAUGAAUUCAAGCAUAUUGCAAUAUUCCCAUGUAAACUACGAGUUCUCACAGAACAUAUCUUCAAUACUCGAGAUCCCAUUGUUCUUGGCGUUGCUGUUGAAGCUGGAAUUGUCAAAGAAGGAACUCCGAUAUGUGUACCUAGUAAAGAGGUAGGAUGCAUCUUUAUUUGGGGCAGUAUAAGCUUUCUAGCGCAAAAUAAUCCCCAGGGCGGAUCCUUUAUUCCGGCCGGUAGAGAUUUUGUACUGUACUGUACUGUACUGUACUGUACUGUACUGUACUCAGGGCCGCAGAGAGGGGGGGGGGGCAAAUUGCCCCGGGCCCCGAGUUGCUGGGGGCCCCUGAGAAAUUUUUGUUGGGCCCCAGCCUUUUUUGUGUGUUAAAUAUUUCCGCGCAAAGGACAAGAUAUCUGUUCUCUUGGGCUAAGUACCGAAUUUUGGCAUAAAAAAUGAGAUAAAGUCCCUCGAAAGCAGUUGCAACGUACUCGUCCGGAAAAAUUUUGUACUCCGGAAAAAUUUUUUACCCCUAAAAUGGUUACCCACUGACCGAAAAUUUUUUGGCGACGGGGGGGGAGGUUGUUCUCCGGAAAAAUAUUUUUCCGGGAAAAAUUUUUUAGAUAGGGGCCCCUAAAAAAAAUUUGCCCCGGGCCCCCGCCAACCUCUCGGCGGCCCUGACUGUACUGUACUGGUAUUGUAAGAUAGGGGCCCCUAAAAAAAAUUUGCCCCGGGCCCCCGCCAACCUCUCGGCGGCCCUGACUGUACUGUAUUGUAUUGUACUGGUAUUGUAUUGUAUUGUAUUGUAUUGUAUUGUAUUGUAUUGUAUUGUAUUUUAUGUGUAACCGGAGAAGUAUAUCAUUUUGAUAUUUUCAUAAUACACCCCCAAAUUGACAGAUAUUUUGCAUUUGGAGAGUGAGCUGGCCUACUCUGUAAUACGUGACCUACUCUGGUCUACUCGCCAUUACACCCAAACUACAGGUCAUGCAUUUUGUGUCACGCAUUUAGCAGACGUCAUGUUCAAGAUAUAUCGAAACCUUCCUUGGUUCGGCAGAAAUUGGGUAACAUACAAAAUUUUGUCAAUCUAACAGUAAAAAUGAAGAUAUUCCAGUGGUCUGUGGGAACUGUCUGCGUUUCCUCGCCUUAUUCCUCUGCAAUGCUCGGUGCACUCAGAUCGGUGGGUGUGCUGAAUUGAAAAACUAUAAACAAAGACACAUAUUUUUUUAUUUUCGCAGCAAAAUUAUGCCUUUCACAUAUGAUCUCUUUCACAGACCCGCCAAGGAAGUAGGGCAGUUUUGGGCAUAAGGUUGAGCAAACAUCUGCUCAUAUUUUUCAUAACCCUUCAUUGGCCUUAUUUUUCAUAACCAUUCAUUUACUGGCACCAUAAUAUAUGGCAUAUCAUGCUGUUAUACCGUACUAUUAUACCAUAUACUAUUAUACCAUAUACUAAAACUGUCUGUACCAGUGUAGGUAGUACCUGAAUGUAGAAAUGCUGUGCUGAGUGGUUAUAUUACUACCUUAAAAAAAAGCAGAAACUCGACGUUUCGAGCGAAGGCCCUUCGUCAAGAGUUAGUAGCCCGUAAGGUAGUAAUAUAACCACUCAGCACAGCAUAUUAUACCAUAUACUAUUAUACCAUAUACUAUUAUACCAUAUAGUUAGUAGCCCGUAAGGUAGUAAUAUAACCACUCAGCACAGCAUAUUAUACCAUAUAAUAUUAUACCAUAUACUAUUAUACCAUAUACUAUUAUACCAUAUACUAUUAUACCAUAUACUAUUAUACCAUAUACUAUUAUACCAUAUACUAUACUAUUAUACCAUAUACUGUUAUACCAUAUACAGUUAUACCAUAUACAAUUAUACCAUUAUUGUGUUGUAGUUUGUUGACAUCGGUAUUGUGAUUGUGUUGUAGUUUGUUGACAUCGGUAUUGUGACAGGAAUUGAGACGAACCAUAAACCUGCGGAGAAAGCAACAAAAGGAAUGGAGGUCUGCGUAAAAAUUGAACCAAUCCCCGGAGAAGCACCCAAAAUGUAUGGCCGUCAUUUUGAUGAAACAGAUCUACUUAUUAGUAAGGUGAGUCUCACUCAUUCGCGAAGUACAUGUUGAUAAGGCAAUGCUAAGCCCAACAGUUGAACUAAUCUUUAAUUUACCGGUAAUUCGAUACAAUAGGUCAGCGGUCAGCCCAUAUGAGUGUAGCAGGGCCAUCAGAAAGUAAUUUUUCAGCUUUGGUAAAAAUGCCGGAGACAUGUGAAAUUAUAAAACUGGACCCCACAAUAUAAUUUUUUUGAAAUUGAUAAAUACCGAUCUGGGUUAUUGCAAUCAAUGACCAAUUCUACAAAGCUUGAAAAAAUCACUAUCCGAAUGUAUGCGCCAUCGACCCCUGCACACUUUAAUUUAACAUUACAUACGCCAUUUUUUUCAUCAAACAUGAAGCGCACUUUUUCAAUCAGUAAUCGCUUUUACUUCAUAUAUACCGGACAAAUAAUAUGCAUUUGUAAUUUUUGUUAUUUAAUUCGAGAAAAAUGGUUACACUCACACAUAUCGGUCCUAUAACUUUGUAUCGCUAUGUACAAACAUUUACUACACAGAAACUCAGUAUUAGCUGCAGGUAUAAGGAAGUUUGUAUGUUAUUGAUUUGCUAUUAUAUAAAUUAAUUAAACGUGUUCUAAACGAAGUUAGUAUAAUUUCAGUAUAUUGAAAAAUGGCCUUUGAGCAUUCUGAUUGGUUCCCUCAGCAGUAACUCUGAGGCAAUAGUUACUGCUCAGACUCUUACAUAAAGCAUAACAUCUUUUUAUCUAUAUUAAGUUGGUUGUUACAAUAUUACUGAAAAACUGCUUUAUUUUCUUUAAAAAGCCACUUUUGUCCUGCAUUUUUGAAACCAAGGGCUGAACCCCAUGAUAGAUCGGAAUUUUUUAAAGGACAAGGACAAGGUAGAUUCAUUCAGCGAUAAAGAGCCCAAGCAAUUCAUAAAGUCGCUGUGAUGAAAUAUUUCCAAUCUUUUCCACAGAUAUCCCGAGAGUCAAUUGAUGCUGUUAAAGAAUAUUUCAGAGAUGAUCUCCAGAAAAGCGACUGGCAAUUAAUGAUUGAACUGAAAAAACUCUUUAGAAUUAUUUAGAUGGAUGUUAGUAAAAAACUGCGUAAUUUCUGUUCACAAUUUCAUGGAGGAUUUUGCUAUUUCUUUUUUCACAUUGACACGUUUGUACACAUAUUCACAAGGGUGUUUUGAGUGAAAGCAAAAAUACGUCUGCCUCUACUCCAUAUUAUACAGAAAUUAUAAAUACAGUACUUUAAGAUAUACUAGAUUUCAAGAUAAAAAUAUAUUUAUAUAGCGGACUUCAAUGCAUUCAUGCCUGAUUCACACUCCAUGAUGUUGUGUACGCUAGAUUGAUGACAUCAUGAUACGUCGAAUUAUGACCAUCACGUGAACAGCACUGCUAUCCGAAGUUAUAUAAGGAAGCAAAUUUUAACGAGUUAUAGUUUUCGUUUAUUUUAUUUUAAUAACAUAGUGCAUGGAUGAGAAACGUAAAUAUUGUAAACAAUGUUUUGAAAGAAAUAUAAAAAAUUCUCCUUUA